UAUUUCGGAUGAAGGUUCGUGUAGAUACAUUUCUUCCGCUGCACUGAAAGAGGGCAGUACUCAUCCUUCUGAGACGUGUUUCUCUUCGGAAACAUUUAGUGUAUGCACCUUUAAAAGAAGCGCCGCAUUCUCACUUUUUUGACAACUGUGACCGUGCAGAUGUCGACUCCUAAAGUUCCAGAGGUUCGUGACAUCACUCGGAUUGAGAGGAUUGGUGCACAUUCUCACAUCCGUGGCCUGGGUUUGGAUGAUGCUUUGGAACCGAGACAGGUGUCUCAAGGGAUGGUCGGCCAGCUGGCCUCUCGAAGGGCAGCAGGAGUCAUCCUGGAGAUGAUUAAAGAUGGCCACAUAGCUGGCAGGGCAGUGUUGAUUGCUGGCCAACCUGGCACUGGAAAGACUGCCAUUGCGAUGGGUAUUGCUCAGAGCCUCGGCACUGACACCCCCUUCACAGCCUUGGCCGGCAGUGAGAUCUUCUCCCUGGAGAUGAGCAAGACAGAGGCACUUAGCCAAGCCUUUAGGAAAGCCAUUGGAGUGAGGAUCAAAGAAGAGACUGAGAUCAUCGAAGGGGAAGUGGUGGAAAUCCAGAUUGAUCGACCAGCCACUGGAACGGGGGCCAAAGUGGGUAAGUUGACUCUUAAGACGACUGAAAUGGAGACGAUAUAUGACCUUGGCAACAAGAUGAUUGACAGUCUCAGCAAAGAGAAAAUUCAAGCCGGUGAUGUCAUCACUAUUGACAAAGCUACUGGCAAAAUCAGCAAGUUGGGACGCUCAUUCACCAGAGCCAGAGACUAUGACGCCAUGGGAGCUCAGACACAGUUUGUGCAGUGUCCAGAGGGGGAGCUGCAGAAGAGAAAGGAGGUGGUCCACACAGUGUGUCUCCACGAGAUCGACGUCAUCAACAGCCGAACGCAGGGCUUCCUCGCCCUUUUCUCUGGAGACACGGGUGAGAUCAAAUCUGAAGUCCGUGAGCAGAUCAAUGCCAAGGUCUGCGAAUGGCGGGAAGAAGGCAAGGCGGAAAUCAUCCCAGGGGUGUUGUUUAUUGAUGAAGUACACAUGCUGGACAUGGAGUGUUUCUCUUUUCUUAACCGUGCUUUGGAAAGUGACCUGUCUCCUGUUCUCAUUAUGGCCACCAACCGAGGCAUCACUCGCAUCCGUGGUACAAACUAUCAGAGCCCUCACGGGAUCCCUUUGGACUUGUUGGACCGCCUGCUCAUCAUCGCCACGUCUCCUUACACUGAAAAGGAGACCAAGCAGAUCCUAAAAAUUAGGUGUGAGGAAGAGGACGUGGAGCUGAGUGAUGAGGCUCACACCAUCUUGACUCGCAUCGGCAUGGAGACGUCACUCCGCUACGCCAUGCAGCUCAUCAGCACGGCUGGUCUGGUGUGUCGUAAACGCAAAGGAACAGAAGUUCAAGUGGAGGACAUCAAAAAGGUUUACUCUUUGUUCUUGGACGAAGCCAGAUCUUCUCAGUACAUGAAGGAGUACCAGGAUUCUUACCUUUUCAAUGAAACACAAACAACUCAGAUGGAAAUUUCAUCAUGAAGGAUUUCUUUUAUUACUUUGUCAAUUUUUAAUGUUUGUUCCUAAACUAUCUUUCAUCUUGAAAUCAACCAAAAAUUCUGAAGUGAUGUCAUCAUUUGACACAUAAUGUUUUUUCUUUAAUGAACACAAGUUUGAAUGUUGAAUCAAAAUAAACACUUUUCUUCCUUUGAAAGUCAA